GCAGUUGUCGCGAUCGGAAGCAAAUCGGAAAAUCUCCCUUGGAUUCCUAGAACACGCAGCCGAAAAAUUUGCUGGUUGUGUUGCCGCGACGUCGACGCAUUUCAAUUGGAUUCAGGGUUUAAUUUAUUGAAAUGUUGCCCUUUCGCUUGGGCCUGCUACUUGGCGCCGUGCUUUUCGUGGCAUGCGUAAAUGGAGCUGCCAUCGAAAAUGAGGUUUCUAGUCUGAGCGACUUGCAGCGGGAGAAGAGAGCCGGCAGAGGCUAUUCAAGGGGACAAACCCAGUCUCAGUACUUAAAUUUCGGUAAGCCGGAGGAGGAUGGAAAGGCCGAGGCAGAGGCCACGGAAAAUGGAUCUCGCUCAACUGUCUCUGGCACCCAUGGAAUGGGUCAGGCUCAGAGCCAGUUUUCAUCAGGGGACUGCAAUGGUUGUUCUGGCUACCAAACGGAUUACCCUUCUGCAGGCAGAAUUCUGGAUGCCACCGGAUCCGGAGUGGUCGGUAGACCCGAUGCUAUAAUAAGCUUACCCGGGGGAGGUGUGCAUGGAGGUCUGAGUGCCCAGCCAGGCGGACAGACUGGAGUCGGACAAGCCGGAUACGGAACCCAACCUGGCAUUGGCGGACAGCCUGGAGCCCAACAGCCCGGAUAUGGAAGUCAACCUGGUAUUGGCGGAGUCGGACAAGCCGGAUACGGAUCUCAACCUGGUAUUGGCGGACAGACUGGAGCCGGACAACCCGGAUAUGGAAGCCAACCUGGUAUUGGCGGUCAGACUGGAGCCGGACAACCUGGAUAUGGAAGCCAACCAGGAGUUGGGGGACAGACUGGAGCCGGACAACCCGGAGUUGGCGGACAGACUGCAGCCGGACAACCCGGAUAUGGAAGCCAACCAGGAGUUGGCGGACAGACUGAAGACGGACAACCCGGAUAUGGAAGACAACCAGGAGUUGGCGGACAGACUGGAUCCGGACAACGUGGAUAUGGAAGCCAACCAGGAGUUGGCGGACAGACUGGAGCCGGACAACCAGGAUAUGGAAGCCAACCAGGAGUUGCCGGACAGACUGGAGCCGGACAACCCGGAUAUGGAAGCCAACCAGGAGUUGGCGGACAGACUGGAGCCGGACAACCCGGAUACGGAACCCAACCUGGUAUUGGCGGGCAGACUGGAGCCGGACAACCCGGAUAUGGAAGCCAACCUGGUAUUGGCGGACAGACUGGAACCGGACAACCUGGAUAUGGAAGCCAACCAGGAGUUGGCGGACAGACUGGAGCCGGACAACCCGGAUAUGGAAGACAACCAGGAGUUGGCGGACAGACUGAAGACGGACAACCCGGAUAUGGAAGACAACCAGGAGUUGGCGGACAGACUGGAUCCGGACAACGUGGAUAUGGAAGCCAACCAGGAGUUGGCGGACAGACUGGAGCCGGACAACCAGGAUAUGGAAGCCAACCAGGAGUUGCCGGACAGACUGGAGCCGGACAACCCGGAUAUGGAAGCCAACCAGGAGUUGGCGGACAGACUGGAGCCGGUCAACCCGGAGUUGGCGGACAGACUGGAGCCGGACAACCUGGAUAUGGAAGCCAACCAGGAGUUGGCGGACAGACUGGAGCCGGACAACCCGGAUACGGAACCCAACCUGGUAUUGGCGGACAGAUUGGAGCCGGACAGCCCGGAUAUGGAAUCCAACCUGGUAUUGGCGGACAGACUGGAGCCGGGCAACCCGGAUAUGGAAGCCAACCAGGGGUUGGCGGACAGACUGGAGCCGGCCAACCCGGAGUUGGCGGACAGACUGGAGCCGGACAACCUGGAUAUGGAAGCCAACCAGGAGUUGGCGGACAGACUGGAGCCGGACAACCCGGAUACGGAACCCAACCUGGUAUUGGCGGGCAGACUGGAGCCGGACAACCCGGAUAUGGAAGCCAACCUGGUAUUGGCGGACAGACUGGAACCGGACAACCCGGAUAUGGAAGCCAACCAGGAGUUGGCGGACAGACUGGAGCCGGACAACCCGGAUACGGAGCCCAACCUAGUAUUGGUGGACAGCCUGGAGCCGGACAACCCGGAUACGGAACCCAACCUGGUAUUGGUGGACUGACUGGAGCCGGACAACCCGGAUACGGAACGCAACCUGGUAUUGGCGGACAGCCCGGAGUAGGACAAUCCGCAUAUGGAAGCCAACCUGGUAUUGGCGGACAGCCCGGAGUAGGACAAUCCGCAUAUGGAAGCCAACCAGGUGUUGGUUCUCAGACCGGAGCAAUACAGCCCGGAUACGGAACCCAAGCUGGUAUUGGCGGACAGACUGGAGCCGGACAGCCCGGAUAUGGAAGCCAACCAGUAUCCGGCGGUCAAUCCGUCAGUGGAGGGCAACUCAGAUAUGGAGGCUAUCCUGGAGUUGGCGGACAAUCAGGUCAACCUGGGUACGUAAGCCAGCCACAAGUUGGAGGAUCACCCGGAUACGGAACUCAGCCAGGAACUGGGGGUCAAAGCGGUUACAGUGGAGGAAUACCCGUCUACGGCGGUCAACAUGGAGUUGGCGGAGCUGUGCAACCCGGAUACAUUACCCAACCUGGAUUUGGCGGACAGACCGGACAACCCGGAUAUGGAAGCCAGCCAGGUGUCAGUACUCAGACCGGAACGGGACAAACAGGAUAUGGAAGCCAACCUGGAAUUGGGGCUCAGACCGGAGAGGGACUACCAGGAUACGGAACUCAACCUGGUAUUGGAGGACAGGCCGGAGCCGGACAACCAGGAUACGGAGUCCAGCCAGGAUUUGGAGGACAACCCGGAGCCGUAAAACCCGGGUACGGACGCCAACAGACCGCAGCUGGACAACCCGGAUACGGAACCCAACCUGGUAUUGGCGGACAGACUGGAGCUGGACAACCCGGAUACGGAACCCAACCUGGUAUUGGCGGACAGACUGGAGCUGGACAACCCGGAUACGGAACCCAACCUGGUAUUGGCGGACAGACUGGAUCUGGACAGCCCGGAUACGGAAGCCAAGCUGGUAUUGGCGGACAGCCCGGUGUCGGACAAUCCGCAUAUGGAAACCAACCAGGUGUUGGUUCUCAGCCCGGAGCAGUACAACCCGGAUACGGAACUCAACCUGGUAUUGGCGGACAGACUGGAGCUGGACAACCCGGAUACGGAACCCAACCUGGUAUUGGCGGACAGACUGGAGCUGGACAAUCCGGAUACGGAACCCAAGCUGGUAUUGGUGGACAGACUGGAGCUGGACAACCCGGAUACGGAACCCAACCUGGUAUUGGCGGACAGACUGGAGCUGGACAACCCGGAUACGGAACCCAACCUGGUAUUGGCGGACAGACUGGAGCUGGACAACCCGGAUACGGAACCCAACCUGGUAUUGGCGGACAGACUGGAGCUGGACAACCCGGAUACGGAACCCAACCUGGUAUUGGCGGACAGACUGGAGCUGGACAACCCGGAUACGGAACCCAACCUUUUAUUGGUGGACAGACUGGAUCUGGACAGCCCGGAUACGGAAGCCAAGCUGGUAUUGGCGGACAGCCCGGUGUCGGACAAUCCGCAUAUGGAAACCAACCAGGUGUUGGUUCUCAGCCCGGAGCAGUACAACCCGGAUACGGAACACAACCUGGUAUUGGCGGACAGACUGGAGCCCGUCAACCCGGAUACGGAACCCAACCUGGUAUUGGCGGACAGACUGGAGCCGGACAAACCGGAUAUGGAACCCAACCUGGUAUUGGCGGACAGUCUGGAGCAGUAAAACCCGGCUACGGAGCACAACCUGGUAUUGGCGGACAGACUGGAGCCGGACAACCGGGAUAUGGAUCUCAACCCGGAAUUGGAGGACAGAUCGGAGCCGGACAAGGUGGAUACGGAGGUCAACCCGGAAUCGGUGGAUCACCAGCCUAUGGAGCACAGCCAGGAGGCAGCGGCCAAAAUGCAGUCAUUGGAGGGCAACCCGGACAGACCGGAGGCGGUGUAGGACAACCAGGCUACGGAACCCAGACAGGUCAAAUUGGGGCGCCAGGUCGGUAUACAGAUGGAAGUGGACCUGGUGCUGUUGGCACUGGUGGAGUUGGUGCUGCCGGUACCGGUGGAGCUGACGAUGCCUUCUCCCAGGCCGAGUCAUCGAUUGGCGACGGACAAGCCUCGGCAAGUGCCCAGGGCAAGAAGAAUGGAGGCACGGCCAAGACUCAGGUGUCGGGAACUUACAGCUCCGGCGGAACGUUUAGCGCCAGUGCAAUGACGUCCGAUGCGGAUCGUGCGGCCAGUGCCCAGGUAACCGGAAAUGCCGAUGGAGCAGUGAGUCAGUCGCAGGGAUCGGGAGGUCCUGCCCAAUCGCAGGCCCAGGUACAGGUGGCCAAGGACGGCGGCACCAAGGCCUCGUCCCAGAGCGGUGGCAUCAUCCAGCAGAGCCAGAGCGAGGUGCACGCCAAUGACAAGGGCGGUCUGGCGGACGCGCAGUCGAGCGGACCCGGGCAAACCUCCUCCCAGGCGCAGAUCGGUUUCCGUCCCGGCCAGGAGGCCAAUCCGCCAGCAGCCAAUGGUGGCGGCCAGGCAUCGUCCUCAUCUGGCACUCACUCUAGUCAGAGUAGCUCGCAAAUUCACGGAACAUCCAGCUUUGGUGUUUCCUACCAUGGUGCUGCACAAUCUGCGUCGGGAACCAAGGAGCAGGUGGCUACUUACAGGGAAGCAAACAGGGAACUCUUCAAUACCAUAAGUCAGUUUGGCAACAACGGGAAUGCUGUUACUGAUCGAGCUGAUGCUGUCUACAGUGGUCCCGCGCUGACUGAUGAGUCCGAUUCAGUGCCAGAGGCUCAACUGAAGUCCACCAAGCCCAAGGAGGAAGCGGAGCAUGUAGUGAGGAAGCCGGAGCAGCCGGAGCCGGUUCAGUACGAUGAUGAAGAGGAAGCCGAUCCGGAUGAAUACGACGAGGAUGAGUACUACAACGAGAAGCCAGUGAAGCUAGAGGAAACCCCAAAGUCGGCCAGCAUAGUAAAGCCGCCAGAGACAACACCUAAACCUAAGGUCUACGAGCAGUCAUCGCCCACGCAAAGCCAACAGGCAGUCGUAGUGGCGCCGCCAGGUGAAAAAUAUCAGGUGGUGCAAAAGCAGAACGGUAAGGCCACCGUCAAUGCUGAGCCCUCGACCACCGAAGCCAUACCACCAGGAUUCCGAGGAACCGUAAAUGUGGAAAAGAAGUUCCACACCAAGGCCCUGGAGCUGCAUCCUCCCAAGGGAGUGGAGAUCACACCCGAUCACACCAACGACGAGGGUCCGGUGCGGGGUGACAAGCCCAUUCGGCGUACUCCUGAUAGCUAUGUGACCGUCACCAAGUCUGUGACCGGCAGCAUGGACAACACCAAGAACCCACCGCAGGAGAACAAGAACUUCCAGUCCACCUACUACACCAAGUCGUCGACAUGCGGCUACUUCACCUUCUCCUGCAACAUUGUCUACGGCGCCAAUGGAAGGAGCAAGAUCUGCCGGCCCAAGGCGCCCACCAAUGGAAAGUGCUAGGGAAGCAUAAGACGCAUCCCUUUCUACCAACCCCACCCAUAUUAUAGUAGUUCAGUUCCAGAGGGGCUCAAUUUUAGAAUAGCUUAACCAACUGCCAUCUACAAACACCUAUUUGUAUUUCAACGCAGCUUGCUCUUGAGCACUUAAGUGUUUUUCGCAAUUAAUAAACAAAGGUUUCACUGCCAUUUCUUGAAUAUUUCGUACGACUUGCAACUGUAAUUAAUAUUUAAUAACAAAA